AUGUUGCAGGUGAGAACAAAAUUUCUCAAUGGUGGCCCUGUCUUGCCACCCUUUCUCAGCACCAUGGAAGAGGCGAAGGUGCAUGACCCCGACUUGACUGUGAGAUAUGCGCUGAGCGCCUUCGAGGACCUGAAUAGCGCCAUCAAGAAUUUGCGGAGAUGUUUUGGUUUUCCGUACCAGGAAUACAUUGGGUACAUGAACACCUUAACUCAUCAGUACCGAACUCGUAGUGAACACGAGGGCCUCAUCGACCGCAUCCGUCGGUGGGCAAUGUUUGGCAACGUUGAUGCAGUGCUGUGGAUCGACUAUGCGAAGGCGAAUCAGCCCCCUGGGUCUUUCAAGAUGGGCCCGCGAGAAUCGCGGCCCUUCGGCCCAGCACAUCUACAGAUUUGCGCCGACGUUCCAGAUGUGCUGCGUUUGGAUGACGAUGAGUCCGAGGCGGCGUGGAGCGAAGAAGAAAAGGAAGAGGAGAAACAUGGUCAUUCGACUGACGGAGCUCAGGCCACCAAUGUGGCAAUUACGCCUCGUGAGCCUGGAAGUCUCAGACCACUGCCAAAAAGGAUCCCGAGAAGUAUCCAACGAAUGAAGCCAUCCCAUAUGCUGAUGGAAGCGGUGAGCAGAGCAGCGUCCCCGCCCGACAAGGAAGAGGCCACCAUGUCUGUGAAAAUCGCGGACGAUGGUCACAACACCCCAGAGGAGGACAAGAUCACUUCGAAGGCCAAGGCGGAGCGCGACAUGCUCCGGCUGCAGCUGCAAGAGGAGGUCGUUCCUGUGCCAGGCAGCAUCUACUGCCGCUCCAUUGUACCAGGACCAGGUUACUACCGAGUUCCCAAGUCCUUUGGAGAAGUUAAAAAGGAUGGCACACCCAGCCUAAGUGGAAAGGGUGUCAGCGCAUGGGAUCAACUCAGACUGAAAGCUCAGUGGUUGCCUGGCCCAGGCCAGUAUGAGAACCAACCUGGCAUGACUGAAGAGAAGUUUUUCAAGCCCAAGAAGGGAAGUUUCAACAAGGCACCAAAGCUGGUAGACAAUCAGGAAACCUUCAAGAAGUUGCCCUUCAUCUCCAAGCUGGCUUCCUCAUGCGAGGGAUUUGGUUUGAGCUCUGACUCCUUCAAUUGCGUUGAUCCCAAAGAGUCAAAGCCUGAGAUAUCUGAGAUGCAGCGGUCGGCACCCGAUGGUCUCUCCCGCAUCACUCCAGAGAGCCUGCGCAUGUGCCUGAGAGUCUUUUUGGAUGCAUGGGCUUCAGUGGCCAAGCGUGGUGCAAAGGCAAAGGAGUCCCUGCAGCUGCUGUCCUGGAGUCAAGAUCGUGUGUUGCGCCGCUCCGUCUUUGCAUGCUGGAGCUCAGAGACAAUGCGGUUGCAGCGUGAUAGGCGGCUCACCGAAUUGAUACAGCGAAAGAAAGGAUCAGUUCACCUGGCCUUUGACCACUGGCGAUCAGAAGCGUCAAGACUUGGGCGUGAAAAGAAACUGAUGUGUGCGAUUGCUUCAGGGACAAGAGGAGGGUGGUCGCUGCAGAAGGAAGCAUUUAGUCGCUGGUCGAGCUGCUUGAGGGUUGCGACAGCUCGACGUCGGCUUCGGCAGAAGCUGAUGCAUGCAGUUGCUCGCUGGAUUCAGCAAGGACAACCCAUGCACAAGGCAGUGUUUGCCUGCUGGAGAAUCGAGACUUCAAGACAGCGGCUUGGAAAGCGCAUGCUAUCCGCACUUGAUCGCCAAACCCAAACAGGAGAGUCGAUACACAAAGCUGCGUUUACAUCCUGGAGGGCAGAGACUUCUUCUACCAGGCAUCGCCAACAGCUCCUCGACGCAGUUGGUGGUUGGAUCGAAGCAGAUCAGAGUGCAGGUCUGGUUUUGUGGACAUUCAAAGAAUGGCGGCAAAUACUUUCUGGAGAUGGUCAUGUCCAGGCAAUGGCAAUGACCCAGAAACACGAGAACUCGAAGGAGCGAAUGGGAGACCACUUCUUCGCCUGGAAGUCUGCAACGCUGAGGAGUCUUCAGAUUGAACUCCGUGGUGCGAGAGUUUCGGAGGCAAGCUGGAAGCAAUCAGCCACGAUCCUCUCUGUCUUCCGUGGAUGGAAUUACUUUGCUCGGCGAUCUGCGUCCCGGCCUCAGCACUCUGAUUACAGCAUGAGCCAAGCAACGAUUCACCCUAUGCACAUCCACAUCAUCCGUGGAGAUCCCAAGCAAAUUGAGCAGCGUUCAAAACCCUUAGAGGGCUUCGCUUAG